AUGCAUGACAAGACCUGCCCCAAGUGCGGAGUUGCUUCCGAUGGCAGCUCCAAGACGUGCGGCUCGUGCGGAGCUGUAAGUCACUUUGAAGAGAAUCAACCCCCUUCAUUUAUUGCCUAA